CUCACUACUUGGCGAGUGUAGUAUAGAAACCAGCGUUUCAUUCAGUAAAGUAUCGAGUGAUAGACCGCAAGUCGCUUAUUGCAUCAGCUCUCAGCCAUGAGCAUCAACAUAGCGGAACUUCAGACAGAAGUUUUCUAUGAAGAAACGAAUGCCUUAUGGGUUUUUGCUUAUGGGUCCUUGUGCUGGAGACCGGGAAUACAUUUUCACAAAGCUGUCACUGGAUAUGUCGAAGGUUUUCAGAGAAGAUUUUGGCAGGGAAACACCGCACAUCGAGGCACAAAAAAACAACCAGGACGAGUGGCUACAUUAGUUGAAGGACAGGGUACAGUUCAUGGUAUAGCAUUUGCAAUAAGCGGUGAAGCAGCUGUUCCCUAUCUAUCCCAACGAGAAUGUAAACUUGGUGGCUACGUAUCUCAUUUCACUACGUUCCACCCCGUACAUGGAGAACCCUUUCAAGCUCUGGUUUACAUAGCCGAUAGCACAAACUCCCAAUGGUUAGGUGAUGCAGACGAAAGGACAAUAGCAUAUGAAAUAAUAAACUCCAGAGGACCAUGUGGAACAAACGUAGAAUAUGUAAUUAGGUUAGCAAAUUUUAUGCGAGAACAUUUCUCAGAUGAAAAUGAUUGCCAUUUGUUUAAACUAGAAGAAGAAGUGCUCUCCUUGGUGGCCAGCAGAAAGAUGUGCUUGAAAACUCUUAUGGGUACAGGAGAAGGAUGUGUAACUUUUAUUAGAAAAAAAGAAUCAGACACAUUUAAUUACAUUGCAGAUAAAAAAGAUGCAAGACUUGAUACCUUUCAGUAUGCUAUGAAGAUUCAGGGAACAAAAUUGCGUUGCCUCAAUCUUUAAUUCUAUUUCCAAGGCCCUUAUGAAUUACAAAGGGCUCUAUUUUCUAUAUACCUAUAUAUGCAACAGAUAUGGCCAGGUCUAGAUACCAAAGUUAAAGAUUUAGUACAAGAGAGUCGCCCAUCAAAAUGUUUGAAACCUGAUUUUUGCAUCUAGUUUAUAAUCAAGUUAGAUAUUUUAGAAGAGAUACGGUUAUCAAAUAAUUACGAUAAAAUGAUAACUAUACUGUCAUUUUUAACAUAGAAGUCAUAAUCAAAAAGAACAAAACAAAAACAAAUAACACUAUACAAGAAAAUGCUUUUACUCUACUUAUCUUAUCGGAUAUAUUUAUUUGUAAAUCUAUAAUUAUAUAUGUUUGUCAUCAUAUGAUAUGUAUUAUCCUGCAUUUUCCAGUUUUCCAAAUCAACUAGACAUACAAAAGAAAAUUUCACAAUUACAAAAAAUUCAUUUAUAUCAAAUAUAUAUUAAGAAAGAUGUUAUAACUUGUUAUGGCUUCUUAAGAAAAAAUACCUUUUACUCCUAUUAAAAACUAUAUUUGUCUCUAGAUAUUGGAACAUUAUUUGUUAGUAAAAUUAUUUUUUUUUCUAAAUUGACUUUUUUAAAAUCCUAAAUUUUAGCUUUAAUAUUUUUGAUUAUACACUCAUAUACAGUUUAUUGAGUAAAAAUAUCAAUUAUUAUACCUACUAUCAAAAGUUAUCCAUGUUGAUCAUGAAACAUUUUAUAUUUACACCUUUUGCAAUGGUUAGAUGUUAAAAAUAUGUAGGGUUGAAUCCCGUAUAGGCAAUUUUUUACACAAUAUAACUUAUUAAAUUUCCAGUACCUAUUGUUAUUCUUUGAUAUUCAAUAUCAGUCACGAAAUGUUGGUCUAGUCAAAUAAGACAGACCCCAAAUAUAUUGCUAAAAAAAACUAUUUUGAGAGCUACAGCAAUACAUUCCAUUCUUUAUCGAGUCGGUGGCGUAGCGGUCUCGCGCGCUUAUAUUCAUAUAUAGGCAAGUUUGUGUUCAGAGACAGAGAGGGGCUUCGAAUCCUACACAAGACCAUGUGGAUUUUUAAUUAAAUUGCAUGGUUCGUUAUAGGAUUUGAUUAUGCCGUAUUAAUAGAAAUUCAAUUUCUAUUGAUAUGACAUGCAGAUUAUAAAAUCGCCAUGCGUUACCGUCUCGAUGAUGGUGGGUUAGGUUUUCCUCACCUGGAAGUCAAAUGGCACAUCAAUCAUCUUUAAGUCGCCCCGAAGCGCCACGGCAAAUAAUAGUAAUGGCCGUCCCUUCCCCUACACAAGUCGUUCAGUCAACUUCAGGGGUGGAGAUUCACUCGUAAGGGGGUGAAUUAGGGAGACUAUUAUUAUUAUUUAUAUCAGUUUCCAAUUUUUUCUAUAAACUAAGGCAAUCACUGUGGACUUUUCUCAGUGUUUCUAUAUAGAUUUUUAUGAUCUUUCUUCCAUAACCUACCUUUCAAUUUGAAUCGGUCCAAGUGAUUAUCUAGUCAUAUAUAUCACAUCUAGAACAAUCAUUCUCAAUGUACUUAGACUUUGAAAUGAUCUUCUUCCCAAAGUUCCCCCUGGUCAAACACACACUAGUUAUCAAAAUUUUCAAAUUCAAAAUCCCCAUUAACAAACGCCCACUGCGGGGUUCGCGGAUAAUAGAAUGGAGUGAUUCACAAAAAAUGUUUCCAAAGUAGGUCAUGACCGACAAAGAAGAAGAAUUGUACGCUCGACGUACGUGAAUUUUUCCAGGGUCUACUUUAGAAACAUUUUUUGUGGAUCACUCCUUAUAUAUACCUACAUAAAAAUAAAGAACAAUUUACUACCAAUUGUUUGGAUGCAAAAAUUACGGUAAAACUUUUAAAACCAUGUAACAUAUUUGAACAACAAAAUAUACUUACCUAACUCUAAAUCGGAUUUUAUCAAAACUGUCAACUUUUUGAUAAACCCCGAUUUUUUAAAGAUAUUUUUAAAUUAUUUGUUUAUUGUAUAAUGCAAAAAUGUCGAUCUUUGUGAUUUAUUACGUUUUAGUAUUUUCCUAAUUUCUUACGUUUGUAAAGACAGCUCAUAUUAUAUUUAUUUUUAUAUGCAG